UUGCUGACGAGAUGCUGAUACUUUCAUUUGGAUUAGCAAGUAGUAGCUACACCAACAACAAAAAUACAGCAUUUCACAAAUGUAUUGAGCAACAAACAUCUUCAUACGGAUUAUAACUACUAGUUCAAUCAAACAUAAGACGCAGACCGCAAUUUGUGACUGGAUGAAAGCGAAAGAAGGACGAAGAGAGGGGAAAAAUAUAGCUACUAGCUAGCUAACGUUAGCCUGCUAACGUAAAGGCUAGCUGCUAGCUGACAUGAAUUCUCUCGUCGGCUAUGGCGUGUCCUCUGAUUCUGACAGUGAUGGGGAGGAUGGAAACAACAGGAAGUAAGAUACAAUUCAGGAAUACAAUUUAGCAAACAUUUGUCUUUGGGAAGAUUCAUUGAAAAUAUAGACGUGUGUUCAAUAGAGCUCGCCAGUUUGUAGUCCUAAAACCAGGAAAUUAGUUACCUCUGGUUCGUUCAGCCAUUCCUAUAGGGGAAAUAAAAGGGUUUGGGUGAUCAAUGCCGAAAAUAAGGUCUGAGGUUAACACAGGCUUAGGAGAUCUUAUACGUUUUGUACUAUGAUAUAAUAUCAGUCCGUUUUAUUUUAUUUAACCUUUAUUUUAUCAUACUGAGACCAAUAUCUAUUUUACAGAUGAGCCCUAAAUUACAGAAAAUACACACAACAAUAUAUAAAUACAAAAUGCAAGAAGAAAGAAAAACACAGUAAUAAAACAAACGCAUUCAUUAGUAAUAAGGUCCUCAAUCAGUUCUCUGAAUUGCCCUAGAGGCACCAAAACAUCAAAUUUAAGAACAUUUUGAAGAUUGUUCCACAAAUAAGAUGCAAGAAAGGUAAAUCCGUUUUUAGUUAACUCAGUAGAGACCAAAGGAAUUUCCAGAGUUAGCCAUCCCUGAGACCAGGUGUGGUUAACUGGUAUGUCUAAAGUUUAGUAAAGAUGAUGGGUACAGUGGGACUUUUUGUAAAAGGGCUUUAUAAAUGAAAACAUAGCAAUGUAUCAACCUACAUGACAUAAAAGAGGGCCAAUCAACUUUCUGGUAGAGAAUGCAGUGAUGAGAACUAAAAUUGUCGCCCAUAAUAAAGCGCAGUGCGCUAUGAUAAACAGCUUUAAUGAAGUUGUGGCAGCUGUGUUCCUAUAGAUGAUGUCGCCAUAGUCUAGGACCGAUAGGAACAUCGACUGAAUAAUCCGUUUUCUACUACUUAGCGAGAGGCAGGACCUAUUUCUAUAGAAGAAUCCCAUAUUUAUUCUCAGCUUCUUAACUAACUCGUCAAUAUGCUUUUUAAUAGACAGCUUUUAUCCAGAUGCACAGAGAUUUGCUAGGCAGGGACACCAUCCAAAGUACAUAUGCUUAAAUCAUCAGAGUUAUUUUUAUGCGCUCUAGAGAACAACAUAUACUUCGUUUUACCUGCAUUCAAAACUAAUUUCAGGUCAAUUACGUUUUUCUGUAAUACAAUGAAGGCAGACUGUAGUUCAAAUAUAGCCUGGUCAACAGCAUACGCAACAGUAUCAUUGGCAUACAAGUGCAGGUUUACGUUUUUUACAGAUAAGUCGAUAUUGUUAAUGUAAACAGUAAAAGACACAGGACCCAGAAUCGACCACUGCGGGACACCUUUCGUAAUAUCCAGGAAACCUGAUUUAACACCAUAAGUUAACACAUUGAGUUCUAUCUGUCAAGUAAUUUUAAACCAGUUACAUGCAGCCUGGUCUAGGCCAAUUGAGGAAAGCCUCUGAAUUAGCAGUGAGUGAUCAACCGUAUCGAAAGCCUUUGACAGGUCAAUGAAGAGGGCAGCACAAGGUUGCCUUUUAUCCAUACAGUUAACCACUAAAAUAUUUGAAUCCUUUAUUAAUUCUCAGCUAAGGUCUUUCUUGUCUUUAAAAUGUAUUCUAAAUAUACAUCAGUCAGGUUUUAAACCAGGUCUUAGCACUAUCUCUGCUGCAUCCCUUGUUAUAAAUUAUGCUAGGCCAGAAAGUUUAGAAAUAAGCCGAUAAUCAUUUAGGUCACAAGGAUCACCACCUUUGAAGGGUACAUGGGCCGCCUUCCAAACCUUGAGGAUAGUACCAGAUAUAAUUGUCAGGUAAAAAAUAUGGGUUAAUGAUUCAGCAAUCGGGGGCAGAGAGCUGCAGCAAAAAUGGAUCAAGCAAAUCAGCCCCAGUGGAUUUUUUUUGUUUUUACAUGAAUCUUAAGCAAGGCAUUUAGCACAUCGCAGAUGGUAAAUUGUUGAAAUGAAAACAAAAUAUUCACUAGAAGUUGACGGGUUAACCGUUGAGUCAGCUAGAGGCUGGCAGAGGGAAGAGCAGUCGAUUGACUGACCAGGGUCAAUUAAACCACAGUUUCUCUCAAACAAAAAGCCUACCGAGAUAAAAUCAUAAUUAAAAGCAUCACUUAUCCCCUUCUUCUCAGUUAUGAUGCCAGAGUCAGACAGAACUUGCUUAGUCAGGGAAGAAGAGGAAUUUGUACGCUUCAGUGCAAUUACUGUUUUCCAAAAAUUAGAAUGAUCACCAGUGGAGUCAGAAAUAGAGCUUAAAAAGUAGCUUAAUUUAGCUUUCUUAAUCAAGAUAGUACAUCUGUUUCUCAAUUCUGAAAGAUUUAAAGUCCACUACAGAGACAGUUUUCCUUGCUUUAGCCCAGGCCUGAUUUCUCAUCUGAAUGAGCUAAGAUAGAUCUAACCCUUGGCUUUCUUUUGAGCUAUCUUUGACUCUGAAUUGUUUAAAAGUGUGUGUUUAUCUGCCAGAGGAAUACAUAUGGAGGAUACAUUUUCUAGAGCCAAUUCCAAAUCAGGAAUACAGGAGGAGGUGGCUAAAUCAGAGUAGAACAUGUCAUGUAAAAACCUUUAAGGAGAGAACUUUUAAAAAGUUAUCUUAAUUAAACAAGGAUGAGUGUUUUGCUGUUUCGUAUCUCUAAUACAUACUAUGGGACAAUGAUCUUAUGCAAGUACUCCAUUAGACAAAUAUUAGUUAACAUGACCUUUAUGAUUGUUUUGAUUCCCGUGUAGAGCUCAGUUGGUAGAGCAUGGCGCUUGCAACGCCAGGGUUGUGGGUUCGAUUCCAACGGGGGCCAGUAUGAAAAUGUAUGCACUCACUAACUGUAAGUCGCUCUGGAUAAGAGCGUCUGCUAAAUGACUAAAAUGUAAAUAAGAACAUAAGUGCUUCAAAAUGCACAAAAAGUGACUUUAGCUCAUUAUCUCAUAUGACAAAACGUAUAAGAUCUCCUAAGCCUGUGUUUACCACAGACCUUAUUUUCAGCAUUUAGCCAAAACCCCUCCAAAAACUCCAUUCAUUUUCCCAUAGGCUUUGUCCAAUGAACCAUGAGUUGGUGCCUACAAAAAGAUGCCAUUACUAUUGUUCUUUAUAGAGAGGACUGUUGUGGUUGUUCUUGCUACCCAAACCAGAUAUGAUUUCCACUUCCUGUCAAAUUAAAUGUUUCCAGAUUGAGAAGUCCUUGAAAUAUUUUUUGGGAUAACACUAAAGCUAGUAUACCAGUCCAUUUAUACUUGUUGUUUCUUUGUAGGACUGAGAGCGUGGUGGAUGGAGCGACCGAGAAGAAGGGCCGCAAUUUCCUCCUAGAGUCCGCUUCAACCUCCAGUGAGUCGGACUGCGACUCCAACCCAGAGGAAGACCCUGUAUCUCAACUACAACCCAAACGCCCUCCUCCUGCAUGUAUGGCACCCCCCUCUGAGUCCCGGACCCCUCUCCUCCCCGCACCCCCUAGCUCCCUCUCCCAUAAACUCCCCCCUCCCCCCCUCGGGGCCUCGUCCAAGAGUGGCGUAUUCGCCAACCCCUUCAAGGCGCAAGCCGACCAGAAGCUCAACGUCUUGCAGAAGCACGUCCCUCUCACUCUGCAGGCCCGGCCCUCCCAGAUAGGGGGCAAGAGGAUGUGCGUGGCGUACAGGAAGGAUGGACGCUGCAGGUUCGGGAUCAAAUGCAAGUUUGCCCACGACAGCGACCUCCAGAGCUCCAUCAUUCCCAAUGACUAUGACCCCCCUGUGGGUGAUGCUCCCGGAUCGGACCAAGCUGACCCCAACGCGGGGGGCUCUUCAUACACGGGUCGCCAGAACUUUCACCACAACCAGAGAGGAGACCCUGAAGAGGAGGAGGGUCAGCAGUCUAGGAAGAGGAGAGUAGGGCUGAGUAACACCCUAGUGCCUCCUAAAAGGGCAAUGAAGAAUUAUGCAAUGCAGAGGAAGAGAGAACAGGUCAAUUUAAACUGAGCGACUUGCACAGGGAUACUGUCAGCAGCAAUACACUGUGUGUGUGUGUGUGUGUGUACCCUCACAUUGUUUUAGUGUGUGUGGCAGAGAAAAUGGACCCUUAUUCUGAACUCAUUUACUCCCCCUCUUGGAUAUAAAAUAUGCUUUAAACUUCUCCCUACCCAUGCUUACAUCAAUAUAAUUGAGUGAGCAAGUGUAAACCUCUGUUAGAAGAGAAGAUAAUCAGACCACAGCCAGAGAGUAUUCUAUAUACCUGUUGUCAGUAUGCAAGAUAGGAUAACUAUAGCACACUUCCAAACCCCUGUUCAGUCCAGUACAUAUACUUCAGAUUGGUAGUUUGUACAUGAUAAGUGUUUGUAGUUUCAUUGAAAACAUAUUCCUUUAUAAACUACAAGUUAUCAUGGUUAAAUAAAUACUUUAAAUGUU